AUGGAAACAAAAAUUGCUAUUCAGGUUACCAAAGAUCGCAAGUUACCUUCAAGACGAAUUGAUUACAGAUCAGAAAUGGCGGAGACUCACCCGGUAUUGGAAACUGUAUUAGAUCAAAACGUGGAAAAAACCCAGGAAAUCCAACUUAUGCAAGAGGAUCCUUUCCCUGAUAAAGCUGAAGAAAGCCCCUCAGAAAAACAACCAUGUUGUCAAGAUAUGACCCUGGAUGGUGAUGAUAACCAGAGCUCAUCAACAGAAAAGCUUUCUCAAGGAAAUCCAACAUUCAUUCUUCAGGAUAGCAAUGUCAACCCGAUAACUGCAAACAACACAAAAAUGCAAGAGAAACUAAGAAAAUCAAAUAAGAAGAUUGAAACCCUGAAGAGGAAACUGAAAACAUCGCAACAACGGUCACGGCGCUUGAAGAAAAAGGUAUUUUCCUUAAAAGAAGUUGUGCAUGAACUCCGGAAAAAAGAUCUUAUCUCAACAGACUGUGAGCACAUGCUUAACCAGACAUUCACAGGACUGCCACUAGCCAUAACAAAAAGAAUGGUAUCAAAAAAGAAAUCACAGAAAGGAUGCGCAUACUCUCCUGAAUUGAAAUCAUUUGCAUUAACACUGCAGUUCUAUUCAGCAAAGGCAUAUUCAUUCGUUCGGAAAACAUUUAACCUAGCCUUGCCCAGUCAAUCACAAAUUCGAAGAUGGUACAGUAAAGUUCCAGCCGAUCCUGGAUUCACUGAGCCAGCAUUUAAUGCUUUAAAGCUGAAGUCAGAAGAAGCAAAGAAACAUGGAAAAGAAUUAAUGUGCUCCCUAAUGUUAGAUGAAAUGGCAAUUAAAAAGCAUGUUGCAUGGGAUGGAAAAAGGUAUCAAGGUUAUGUAGACCUUGGCAGUGGCACAGAUGACGACACCCUACCCAUUGCAAAGGAUGCACUUGUUUUUAUGGUUGUCAGCUUAGAGAACGCGUGGAAAGUACCAUGUGGGUACUUUUUCGUUGACGGGUUAAGUGGAAAGGAGCGGGCAAACCUUGUUAAAGUUUGUAUCCAUUGGGCCAUUUUAGUAUGUUAUCUGCUCUUGGUGCUUGUUUAA